AUGUACAGCAUAGAAGAAGUCAAAAGCAGACUUGACCAAGUGCGACCCGAAAUUGAGAAACUCAUGAAGAUAGGCGGCACUCCCGGUGCUGCCAUUGGAGUUCUUCACCACGGCCAACUGGCAUACCUGGAUAACAUUGGUUUUCGCGACGUCUCGUCCAAACUGCCUGUUACGAAUGAAACAAUAUUUCCAUGCGCCUCACUCACUAAAGCAAUUCUGUCUGCAGCCAUGGCCAUAUGCGUGGAAGAGGGCGGGCUCAGCUGGGACACUCCUGUCCAAAGAAUCUUACCUGAAUUUCAUACAAGGGAUGAGUUGCUGCAUUACCACAUGACAGUUUCGGACUGUUUGUGCCAUCGUGCGGGUAUGCAAGCGUCUCCGUAUUGGCUGGGAAGUAUGAACAAUGUUCUUAUUUCCAAUGAGAAUAGCAUGAACUUUAUAAACGACCUGCAACGCAUCAGGCCUUUCCCGGACCAAUACCUCUACAAUAAUCUGGGAUACGAAAUAGCGGCGCACAUUAUAGCACGUGUUACUGGAGAUCCAUGGGAAAGAGUACUCCACACAAAGAUCUUUAAGGCGUUGGACAUGGGAAGGACUGGAACACGAUUUGGCUUUAUACAAGACGACAACGUUGCAAAAGCGUAUGCUACCUUGGAUGAUGCCAGCCCUGUUGAGAUCGUUCCGAUGCUUUCCGGAGACAACACGGUCGGGGGACCCGGAUCAGCAAUGCGCAGUUGCAUGAAAGAUCUUUUGAGACGUUAUUCUUCUCUUCUCGACGCUGGAAAUCACCAAACGGCAACCGGUCGGACAUCUACACCGGGGAACCCAUUCAAACAGGCACGAGUGCAAACACCGGGGCCCAUGGGCGCGAUUGGUCUAAAUCCUGACUUACUGUCUCCAAAGCCAGUCCCAGAUAUUGCGAAAAACCACCCAUCACAACUUGUUUUAUAUCAUCAAGGGUCUAUGCCAGGGAACCUUGCCGCUGUCAACCUCGUUCCAAAGACAUCCGGCGCUAUAGUAGUCCUGACAAACUCUCUUGCUCUCAACGACACAGCAGAUUGGAUUGGUCAGAUGCUGCUCGAAGCUUAUUUGGGUGUUGAAGACAUAACAGAUUACGUCUCCCUCUCAAAGGAGACUGUGAAAUCUGUAGUUUCUUGGUACGCUCGGAUACUUCAGCAACUCAAAGAGCAACAGAUCCCUGGAACAAGUCCAAGGCCUCUUGCGGAAUACGUGGGUACCUAUUACAACUAUGCGCGAACCAUGAUGAUACAAAUUAUCGCAAAGGCUCAAGAGAAGUCUCUCUUUAUAAAAUUCCAAGGACUAGACUCGGAGGAAUUCAUCUUAAACCAUUAUCAUUACGAUAACUUCACGUGGCUGGAACCAAGAAACAAUCUCGCACGGCGUGGACGCUUCACGAAUACGAACGCAGACUAUUUCAAAAUCUCUUUUGGAACGGAUGGUGGUCAUCGCAUCAAUCAUCUUACGUGGCAACACGACAAAGAACUCCCCAAGCCGGAAAGUUUUUACAAGGAGAAUUGA